AUGCCCUCUCGCUUUGGCACUGCCGUGCGGAUCGUCUACACCACCCUUUUUGGCGCGGUGGUGCUGCUUGCCAUCCUGCUGGUAUACGUGACAGGUUACCAGUUCAUCCGAACCGAACAGCAUUACCUCUCUUUUGGCCUGUACGGUGCGUUUCUUUUUCUCCACCUCCUCCUGCAGAGCCUCUUCGCCUACCUGGAGCACCGGCAAAUGCGUAGCCCCUCCACACCCCAGCACCUGCAACGCACCGUGGCCCUCUGCAUCGCGGCCUACCAAGAGGAUCCAGACUACCUGCGCAAGUGUCUGCGAAGCGUACGCCGCAUUUCCUUUCCCGGACUUAAAGUGGUGUUGGUGGUGGAUGGGAAUCGGAAGGAAGAUGCCUACAUGAUGAAAAUCUUCCAGGAGGUGAUGGGGGAAACAGAGCACACGGGCUGCUUGGUGUGGAAGGGGAAUUACCAUAGCGAUGGUUAUGGAGGAGUAGGGAGUGACUUACACCACACGAAGGAGACCGAACACGUGGCCAGUGUGGUGCGAAAUUGCCAGCACUCCUGUAUCAUGCAAGAGUGGGGUGGCAAAAGGGAAGUGAUGUACACAGCUUUCAAAGCUUUGGGAAACACUGUGGAUUACAUUCAGGUGUGUGAUUCAGACACUGUACUUGAUCCAGCAUGCACAGUUGAGAUGCUUAAGAUUCUGGAGCAAGAUCCAGAUGUGGGUGCAGUGGGAGGAGAUGUUCAGAUCCUAAACAAGUAUGCUUCCUGGAUCUCGUUUUUGAGCAGUGUCCGCUAUUGGAUGGCCUUCAAUGUGGAACGGGCCUGCCAGUCUUAUUUUGGAUGCGUGCAGUGCAUUAGCGGCCCGCUGGGAAUGUACCGCAACUCUCUCCUCCAGGACUUCCUGGAGCCCUGGUAUAACCAGACCUUCUUAGGGACCAAGUGCAGCUUUGGUGAUGAUCGGCACCUCACCAACCGCGUCCUAAGCUUGGGCUUCAAAACCAAGUACACGGCACGCUCCCAAUGCCAGACCGAGACCCCCACAGAAUACCUGCGCUGGCUGAACCAGCAAACCCGCUGGAGCAAGUCUUACUUUCGAGAGUGGCUGUACAGCGCUCUUUGGUUUCACAAGCACAAUCUCUGGAUGACUUAUGAGGCUGUGAUGACUGGUUUCUUCCCCUUUUUUCUGGUCGUUACAGUGAUCCAUCUGUUCUACAUAGGUCGCCUGUGGAACAUCCUUCUCUUUCUGCUGACAGUCCAGCUGGUGGGCAUGGUUAAGGCCACCUAUGCGUGUUUCCUUCGAGGCAGCCUUGUCAUGAUCUUCAUGUCGUUGUAUGCUCUACUUUACAUGUCUAGCUUGUUGCCUGCUAAAAUCUUUGCCCUGUUGACUAUUAACAAAUCAGGCUGGGGCACAUCAGGAAGGAAGAAGAUAGUGGUAAACGUGAUCGGUGCUAUACCUGUGACCGUGUGGGCAGCCAUUCUGCUCGGCGGCUUGGUGUACACCAUUUACUGCGAGGUGCAAGAGCCCUUCACGGAUACAGAGAAGGUUCUUCUUAUUGCCGGCGCAGUAGUUUAUGCGUGUUACUGGGUGGUGCUUCUAGUACUCUACCUGGCCAUAGUGGCCAGACGCUGCAACAAAAGAGAGGAGCAGUUUCACCUACCCUAUUCUAAAGCUUAGCAACUUUAGUGGUGCUGGAGGACUUAAUAGGGCUCAUCCCAUCUUUUCCUGAUGCUGCAUUCCUUAUUGUGAUUACAGAUCUGUGAGUAUCGGGUUGAAGCGGUAUGGCUACGAAAAAAGGUUUUAGCCGGUGGCCAUAAUGAACCUUCGAGAGUGCCAUAAUUUAUAUAGCUGAAAUGGGGAAUGGUUAAUGGUGCUUCUCAUCAUAAUAAAGCACACAUUGAGGUGGCCAGUCAAGAUUGAGAGCAAACGUUGAGCCAAAGGUUACCGAUGAAGUGUAGUGACAUGUAGCCAGCAUGGUCAUUUUAAGUCAAAGGGCUCAUAUUGGUGCUUGCUUGGUAUUAUGGGAACGUCACGAUAAGGUUAGCGAAGUGUGUGCCAAUACUUGAGGUAGAAACUAGGCUGGUGAUAUUUGCCAAAAGCCAGCUAGUAUUUACAUUUACACCUUUGGGAGACAUUUUUAUCCAAAGCAACUUUCGAAGUAUACAUUUUAUCAGUUGUGAGUUGCUGUGAUCUACCAACUGAGCCACAGGAACACCUAAAAUAAUCAUAUUGUAUGUCUUUUCUCUGAUAGUCCACUAUAAUUCUUAAUAUCAUUGUCUGUGGUGCUGCUGAAGGGUUGGGACAUUGUACAAAGUGCAUUUAAUUUAUUUACGUUUAUGAUGCACAACAAAACAUCAUAACCCCACUGUACAGGAUGUUUACAGAUGCAUCAAGUAACAUCCAGAUUUGUCCAUAGUCAUACUUUUAUUUGUUCCUGAAAUGUUUUAUUCCUCCAAAACUGAUCAUUUUAAAAGUAAAUAAGUAGAGGUUAGUUUUACACACAAAGCCUUGACAUUUUCAGACAAAAACCUUUCUAUGUACAUGAUUCUUAUUAGUUAUGUCAAUAAAAUGUUCUGCUAGACAGAUAUGAAUAGGAAUGACAUUACUUAUUUAUGGUAUGCUAAACUAUGGUGGUUUAAAAAAUGGCCAGAGGAUUUAGUUUACCAUGCAUCAUGUAUUUACAAAUCCAGCAAAGGUAAACAGUGGUGCAUUUUUCCAUGUCCAGUCGUCUAAAUGCAACAGUUUGUGGAUUUAUGUAACUCACAAACCUUCAAGAACACACAUUAAACUUUGGCCAUUUUUCAAAGCAUAGAAAUGAAAACACUGAGACUUGUGUGUGUGUGUGUGCGUGCGCGCGUGCGUGCGUGUGUGUGUGCAUGAAUAAGUUUAGAAAGGAGUGAGUUUAUGAAACGUCUGUCCAUCUGUUUUUUUGCGUGGUUCAUUACAUGUGUAAUUCCUACAGGUAUAUCAUGACGGUAUAUACCUAAAGUAUCAGCAUUAGAUUUUGAUUUUAAUCUUUGACAUGAUCUUACUCGGUCAAUAUAAGAUAUCAAGGUUAUAUUUUCACAGAAUGUUCUUUACAUUAUGAACAAUGGUUUUAUGUAGAAAACAGUAAAUCACAAAAAAUAAAUUUUAGCUGGGUUUUCAGACUGGGUCACAAAUUAAAAUCUGUUCACUUUGUGUGCUUUUACUUUUGCAAACUAGGUGCCAAACAUUUGGGAUUAUCAUGCUUCUCAGGAACACAAGGAUCACUGAAAGAGGGAAUUCAGAACCAGUAUUAGGUUUAAGCAGUUACAGCAAGAGAUGAAAAUAAAAACAGUAAAAACAGAUUUGCCAGAUACAAAAAAAUCUGUACAGAACCAAUGCAAUAGACGAUCUAUUCACAAACAUGAAUUUGUGGAUGGUGAUCCAGUUUUGUAAAUAUACGUUUUUUCAGUCAUUCAAGUGUAUUGUACAGUAAUAUAUAUAUUUUUGUAAUGCAAAGCUCUCACUUAAUAAUCCAGACACAUAUCAAGGGAUCAGCGUUUUCCUAGGAUACUUUUUUUUUUUUUAAAAAUGUUUUCAUU